GUUGCUUGUGACCAUAACGUUUUAUAAUUGGACAGGUAAAAAUGAAGUUUUCAUUAAUCAUCUUCGGUGCGUUGGUGGCUUAUGCUGCGGCGCAGACUCUGGAGCAAGGUCCUGCGGUUGACGUGCAACAGACAGAUGCCCAGCAAGUCGAAAACAACAGGGAUAAGAGAUUCUUGCUAGCCGGCCUUGUAGGCGCUAAACUGGUGGGCGGUGCUCUAGUGGGUAAAGCACUUCACGGCCGAAGCUUCGGUGGUUACGGAUAUGGCGGGUAUGGCGGCUAUGGCGGAUACCAUGGAUAUGGCGGUUACGGAGGAUACGGCGGAUACGGAUACGGUGGAUAUGGACACGGAUAUGGACACGGAUACGGACAUGGAUAUGGUGGAUACAGAUCUUAUUACCCCUCAACUUACUACACAUCGGACGGAUGGUAUUAAUUUAACAACAUGUCUUGUACCUGCUGAUUAUUAUUAUUAAUGUAGUUUUCUUGUACAUAGAGAUAGGAGAUUAUCUCGCGACUGAUCCGUCUUAGCAUAUUAUAAGAAAAAUAAUUAAAAUCUAAAAAUACUUUUUCUUGUUUGUUUUCGCAGAUUAUUCUUAUAAAAAGACAUAAUUAUACAAUUUGCUAGCCAAAAUAUUAUUAAUGCAGGCAAUUGGUAAGUAUCUAUA